AUGACUGGCAGCAAAGCGCUGGGUACUUUGAAAUGGCUUAGUCGCAGCUGCAAUUGGGCUGGUGUUCUCGACCCUCCAAGACAAUGCCUCCCUAAAUAUCUCUCGCGAUCAAUGGUGACUACUACACAGGUUCAUAGCGACACAUAUUCGAGAGAUUUUUUAAAUGCACACGUAUCCUCAGCGCCUCCUGUUACCAAUGAUAUUCCCACCCCAACUUGGGACUCCCCCCCAGCAAUUGCGACUCUUUACGAUUUUCAUACGAUGGAGCCUCUUCAAUUUCUCGAAUAUAAAAAUGAGCAGCUUCUUCUUCCUCUUCGCCGAGACAUAUUGCACCGUGCCAUAGUUUACGAAGGUGACAUGACAAGGCAGGGUACCGCGAGUACUAAAUGGCGAGACGAUGUACGAGGCAGCAGGAAGAAAAUCAGGCCUCAAAAAGGGACUGGUCGUGCCCGUUUGGGCGAUAAGAAGUCGCCCAUGUUAAGGGGAGGUGGUGUUGCAUUUGGACCACAUCCACGAGACUUUUCGACUGAGCUACCUCGACAGAUCUACGACAAAGCCUGGCGAACAGCUCUUAGCUUCCGAUACCGACGAGGCCAGUUAGUAAUAGUUGACAACAAUAUAUCUAUACCCGAAGGCGCGAGCGUACACUAUCUAAAGCAGAUUUUCACUAGACACGGCUGGGGAGCACGUUUUGGGCGGUCGUUACUCAUUACGGACGUGAAGGAGGCAAAGCUUUUUAAGACAAUGGCGCAAAUUGGCGAAGACGCAAGGGUGCUGGACCGUGAAGAUGUUGACGUUAAAGAUUUACUUGAAACUGGGCGGUUGAUCAUUGAGCAACGGGCGCUGGACCAGAUGCUCGCCCGCCACUCUAGUGAUUUGAAAAAGGCGCCGAGGGUAGCUUGA